AUGACUGCAGCCCAAGAGAGAGGACAGAAGGUGGAUGUCAUCCAGACAAACCAGCCGCCCAGUGUGCCUGUGAAGGUCUUGUCUGGAAAUUUGACAGAACAGGCGAGGACUGAGCUGACAAACAGCACACUGAGGCUGCAGAAGGUCCUCAACCAGACAUCGACCCACAGGGAGCACCAGAUGCUAGAUGCAUUACAGACCACUGACAACCUGAAGAAGCAGCUACAGGACCCAAGAGCAAAGCUAAACCAGCUGCACAGCAGCAACAGGUUGGGCAUGGGCCCUUGGCCCUGCUGGGGCAGCAGUGACCAAGAAACUUGGCUGCACACCCUGGAGGCUGACCGGGAGGCUCAGCUGGUGGGGCUCCAUGAAGAGAGGAAGAAGGUGAGGUUGCAACUGGGCCAACAGAUGGACAGAAUGUCCCGCAUAAACCAGAGCUUGGAAGCCCUGCACACCAAACCCAGGCUCAUGCAGCAGCAGCAGGAGCAGCUAAAGCAGAUCCUGCAUCUCCUCAAAUACUCAGUGGAACAGGGCAAAGAUGUAAAUGUGCAGAAAUUCCAGGACUGUGAGGCCAUCCACAGGUUUGGGUUCAGUGAGGACGGCGUCUACACCAUCUUCCUGCCCAGUCUGAAGCAGUUCAAGAGGGUGUUCUGUGUGAUGGACCCCAGUGGAGGAGCCUGGACCGUCAUCCAGCAUCGGAAGAAUGGCACAGUGAAUUUCAACCAGAACUGGGAGGACUACAAGCAGGGAUUCGGUGACCCAGCUGGGGAGUACUGGCUGGGCAAUGAGGUGGUGCACCAGCUCACCAGCAGCACUAACUACUCCCUGCGUGUGGAGAUGGAAGACUGGGAUGGCAACAAGUUCUCCGCCAACUUUGAGUACUUUGAACUGCACAAUGAGAAACAGUUUUACAGAAUUGCUCUUGACAAGGAUAGCGGUGUGUCAUCUCGCAACGGUCUGCUGAUCCUGAGGAACAACAACUUCAGCACCCGGGAUGCAGAUCAUGACAACUGUGGCUGCAACUGUUCAGAGAUUAUGUCUGGAGGAUGGUGGUUUGACACCUGUGGCAUGUCUAACCUCAAUGGCAUCUACUACCAAGCUGGUCAGCACAAGAGGAAGAUCGAUGGCAUCCGCUGGGACCAUGCUUACAGUGACUCCAUCUGUUCUCUCCGCACCUCCCGCAUGAUGAUGCGGCCCUCGCACAGCUAG